UCACCUUAUCCAAAAUCUCCCCACAACAUCUCUCACCUCUCUCUCUCUCUGUCUCUCACUCUCUCUCUGGCUGUCUCUCCGACCAAAAAAUGGCUGCUUCAACAGCAGCGAUCUCAAUCCCCACGUUCAAACUCCAUGAAACCAAGCUUCGUUUUGGAAACCCAUCUAACCCUAUACGCCUUAGGCUUCACUGCCCUACACUAACCCUCUCUUCUUCCCAUCACCGCCGGAGAUUCAAUGCGUCUCCGGAGAUCGCCGCCGUCGCCGCCGUGGAAGAGGAGGAGAAGGAGGAGCAAAUAUCCGAGACUCCAGAGGAUGGCGGCGUGAAUACUAAGCUUUACUUUGGAAACUUGCCUUAUAGUGUGGACAGUGCCACUCUUGCUGGUCUCAUCCAAGAUUUUGCCAAUCCUGAGCUCGUCGAGGUUCUCUACAACAGAGAAACGGGGAGAAGUCGGGGGUUUGCCUUUGUGACAAUGAGCAGCGUCGAUGAUUGCAACGCCGUUGUCGAAAAUCUUGAUGGAAGUGAGUAUAUGGGUAGAACUCUGAGAGUGAACUUCUCGGACAAACCAAAGCCGAAAGAGCCGUUGUACCCCGAAACAGAGUACAAACUAUUCGUAGGUAACCUGUCGUGGUCGGUGACGUCAGAAAGCCUAGCUCAAGCUUUCCAAGGACAUGGGAAUGUCGUCGGGGCGAGAGUUCUGUACGAUGGGGAGACUGGGAAGUCAAGAGGGUAUGGUUUCGUGUGCUACUCUUCCCAAGCAGAGAUGGAAGCUGCUCUUCAAUCCCUCAAUGGAGUGGAACUAGAGGGUCGGGAGAUGCGGGUAAGCCUGGCUCAAGGGAAGAAGUAUUGAUUGAGACAUUAACAUUAAAUGAAGCUGAGGGGGAAACCCUAAUCAUAUCUAUCCUCUAAACCCCUUUGCCCUUUUCAUGUGCAUAUGAUUCUGAUAAAUAUAUUAACAUUCAUUUGGUGAUUGAUAUGAAACCAAACCGACAAGACCAA